GUCUACUACAAGUGGAGAUGGGUGAAGAAUUGUGAAGAAAUUAUAUAUACCUACCUAGAAUAUAGAGUGCAUAGGAGUUUAAAUUGAAUACGAGAGGCUAUUGUCAUUUUAUUGCCUAUUCAUUAAUGUAUUUCUAUUUACCUACCUAUCUUUUGUUUGCAUAUAAUUUUAUUAGUUUUUAAAAACCUAAAAGACGAAAGUGAGCUUCAUGCGGUUCUAUAAUUUACAUUAGGCCGUGUUCUUUCAUCACCACCAUGGAUUUAAUAAGUACGUUGUACGCAGUACCUACUAAUUCUAUGGUCAUCACAUGGUUACGUGGCCGUUGAGUAGUAGUUUUAAUUUUUUAUUAUCUAUAUGUUUUUUCUUUGUCAAUUGGACAAGGGCAGCAAGAUAUUUAAUACUGUCAAUGUCAUGAUAAGGUGUCAAUCCAUCUGUCAAAUUGUUUUGUUCAGCUUCUCUUGAGCUUCCCUUCCUUUGACUUACCUUCGUUCGUUCUGUUUGUUUUUGGUACCAUAGCUAAAAGUACCUAGUUGUUUGUAAAAAAUGAAAUGAGAUAGGGCUAAAUUGUUAUACUUUCAUGGUUUUCUGUGCUUGUACCCAGUCUGCUAUUCGUUUUUAGUGAUAGAAUUAUAAAAUAAAAUUAGAGUAAACAUAAAUUAUACGUGACGCGAUUGUUGAAUAUUACUAGUUUGGCAAUGAAAAUACCGUGAAAAGGUAUUGAUUCGCCAUAAUGAAGAUAAAUGAGAAGAAUUUGUUAGCAUUUGCGUCGUCUGCGACGCCCGUGGAUGGCGAUGGCUGGCUGGACAUGCGGGCAGAAGUCGGCAAGAGCUAUCACAAACGCUGGUGCACCUUGAAGGGGAAUCUCCUGUUCUACUUCGACAAGAAGGGUGACAAGGAACCUGUGGGUGUCAUCAUAUUGGAAGGAUGCACUAUUGAGCUAACAGAAGAAGAGACAUACAGCUUCAAAAUAGUGUUCCAAUGUGAGGGGGGCCGGACCUACUACUUUUGCACCAACUCACAGGCCUCCAUGGAGGCCUGGAUGAAGGCUCUGGCUUGUGCGAGCUACGACUACAUGAAGCUUAUGGUUUCAGAGCUGCAGAGACAGCUGGACGAAGCACAAGCCGAGGCAGCCGCAGACGAGGCCGCGUUGGUGACCAUUACCCCGCCGGAGGAAGAGCCCAAGGUGCCCCCUCGAGGACAGCGGUACAACCCCUUCAACAGGGUGCCUGAUGCCAGCGCUGAGGGGAAAGUGGUCCAGGGCAGUCGACAUCAUAAAGAGAACCUCCGGGCGGAGGUGGUCCGCAAGAAGGUUCCGUUCCGCGACAUCCACACCACCCACGGCCGCAAGGUGCUGCUGGACCGCAACCAGUGGCGCGCCAAGCUCAAACAACGCACCGAGGCUGAGUCGCCGCUUAUACAGCUUUGAAUCUGUCUGUCACAACGUACGUGUGCCGCGAAAGAUUAGGCCCGAAUGCGGAGAAAAAAUUAACAGGAGACUUAUUGCCAUUGUUUUGAUAAAAGUUGUGUGUUGAUACGCGGGGCUGAGGCAGACGAGUGGGGGAGCGGAUCCGCCAUGGCUUCGCCCCAUCGCGAACGGAUGAAAUAAGCCCCGUCCAUUUACGAGACGUAUGUUAUCUAUGCUCAAUUUGAUACAACGGCUAUUUAUAUUGGUCCGUGAACCAAAUCAAAUCUAAUAUUUUGUUCAGAAAUUUUAUAAGUCAUUUUGCUGUUGCGCAGGCAAACCAUAUAUGGUUGCCAGCCUUACCUAUUUUUUUUUUCGAUUAAGACCCGCGUUGGUCAAAAGAGUCCCCAUUUUUAUACAAAUUAGGCUUCAAAAUCGCGCUAUACGUAAAAAUGUUUCAACACUGAGUCAGGUCUCAUCUUUCGUGGCGUGUACCAUACAUAGGUUUGAUACAACUAACUAAUAUACUAAAGCUACGGUAGCACAGCCGAUAGCCUUUUGAUACAGCCGGUUAUAGGAUAUCGUAUCGGUAACCGGCUGUUUGAACAGUCUUAUCGUCUGUGCGUAAGGACGCAGGGUAAUCGUGGAGCUCCGUGUGUGCGGUGACAUCAUAUAAAUUUGCGAUUAUAUUAUUUUAAGGCCCCUUUUUCAUCACUUUCUUCUAAAAUACCAUAUGGUGACAGAUGAACUAAUUAAUCUGCCACAUAAGUCUGCCUGAUUUGAUUGGCUAGUUAGCCGUAUCCAACGCUUAUGAAAAACUAUUUUUCAUAUGUUUGAUAUGUUACAUUUAAAAUAAAUCCUGAUCGAAAGAGGCUAAUGACACGUCACAUUACACAUCAUACGUUGCAUUGUUAAAGUACAAAAUAUCACUUUUUCACGUUAAGUUUUAAAUCUAUAUAUAUCAAACUAUUGCGUUACUGAGUGACUGACCGACAGAGAACGCACAGUCGAAACUACUUGGCGUAGAAAGCUGAAAUUUGAUGUGUAGGUUCCCAGGACAGUGUAGAGGAGCACUAAGAAGGGAUUUCGUGAAAUUCCCACGGGAAACGGAUUUUUACUCACAUACAAAAGCUAGUUAUAUAUAAGGUGAAUUGGGGUAAUUCGUGUCCGUCAGAAUGAACGGUCACUAAGCAUAUAUAACGUUGAACGUAUGUUUAAGAGAAGCAAUAUUGCUUCUCUUUGCUUUCAAUUAAGAAAGAAUUGCAUCGUAAAUCACAGGAUAUAAAAUACUUUUGGGUGACUGUUCAUUCUGACAUCUGAAUGAGAUUGUCAUUCUGACAUAUGACAUUGCUCUUAUAAUUUUGUCAAGAACUGGCAUUAUCUUUGUUUCCGUCAUGUUUAAGCGGUGUGCGUUAAUGGAAUUGAGGCUAGCCACGUAAGUACACGUACAGUCAACAGCACAUCAACCUACCCAAAUUCAAUGCAAACUCGCCCCCUAUCACCGCGCCAUAGAGUACUUUAACGCGUAACUGUACAUGUCCUGUUGACUGUACGUGCGUUGCAAAUUCUUACGAUGAAGGCACGAGGUGCACACCGUAUGCAACAGCAUUCUGAUUACGCAUUGUGUCUGUCUGUACAUAUUGUUUCUAUGAUAAAUAUAGUAAAACUUGUGUUCUUGGAAGUUUGUUUAAACGCUAUAUUCUACUAUACACUAAUUAUAUUUUAAAAUAUAUGUUUUUAUUUUAUAUGAUGUUAUGUUAUAGACUAUGGGGCUAUCGAAAAUUGUCAUUUAAUGAAGUGUUAAUUAAUAUUAAUAACUCUGUAGUGUUGGGAUUGCGUUGGUUUGGCAUUAGUAUUCUACUAUUUCUAUAACAACCUAUUUAUUAUUUAAUUCUUUUCUAUGUUAAAUUAUAUUCUAGUAUCAUUCUUGCCCUUUUUAUUUCCAAAUUGUAAAGGAAAUAAAAGUUUAAACGUAAAAUAACUUAAAUUACAAAGCUGCACUAUAAAGUUACUAGUACCAAGUACUUAGCCUUAAAAUAAAAUUGUAAUAAGUUAAUGUAUAAGGGAAAUAAAACAAAAAUAUUGUA